GAAAUUGGCGAGUCCAGCCCAAACAACGCCUCCGCCGGCCGCUCGACACCAUGCCCUGCGGCGCCUGCAACUCCCUCAGGCUUUCCUCAGCACCUGCGGGGGUCCUGGCUUUGGCUCUGCUCUCGUCACUCUCGCGUUGCUCCCUCCUGGAGCCCAAGGACCCCGCGGUGUCGGUGCUCAGCCCCUACUUUGGCACCAAAAGUCGCUACGAGGAUGCCAACCCUGGGCUGCUGCCGGACCCCGAAGCGCCGCGGCGGGACCCGGAGCUGCUGGAGGAGACCUGCACUCCGGUGCAGCUGGUCGCCCUCAUCCGCCACGGCACCCGCUACCCGACGGCCAAACAGAUCCGCAAGCUCCGGCAGCUACACACGCUGCUGCAGGCCCGCGGGCCCGGGGAGAAAGGGGCCGAUGCCACCGGCGGUCGAAAUCUCGGCGCCGCGCUGGCCAACUGGCCGCUGUGGUACAAGGACUGGAUGGACGGGCAGCUGGUGGAGAAGGGGCGGGAGGACAUGCGACAGCUGGCGCUGCGCCUGGCCUCCCUCUUCCCGGCCCUUUUCAGCCGCGAGAACCUAGACCGCCUGCAGCUCGUCACCAGCUCUAAGCACCGCUGCGUGGAGAGCGGCGCCGCCUUCCUGAAGGGGCUGUGGCAGCACUAUCACCCCGGGGUGCCGCCACCCGACGUCGCAGACAUGGAAUGUGGACCUCCAAGAAUUAAUGAUAAACUAAUGAGAUUCUUUGAUCAUUGUGAGAAGUUUUUAACUGAAGUAGAAAGGAAUGAUACAGCUCUUUAUCAUGUAGAAGCCUUCAAAACUGGACCAGAAAUGCAGAACAUUUUAAGAAAAGUUGCAGCUAUUUUGCAAGUGCCAGUCAGCAAUUUAAAUGCAGAUUUAAUUCAGGUAGCUUUUUUCACUUGUUCAUUUGACCUGGCAAUUAAAGGUGUUAAAUCUCCUUGGUGUGAUGUUUUUGACACAGAUGAUGCAAAGGUAUUAGAGUAUUUAAAUGAUCUGAAACAAUAUUGGAAAAGAGGAUAUGGAUAUACUAUUAAUAGUCGAUCCAGCUGCAUCCUGUUUCAGGAUAUUUUUCAGCACUUGGACAAAGCAGUUGAACAGAAAAAAAGAUCUCAGCCAGUUACCUCUCCAGUCGUCCUUCAGUUUGGCCAUGCAGAGACCCUUCUUCCACUGCUUUCUCUCAUGGGCUACUUCAAAGACAAGGAACCCCUAACAGCUUACAAUUACAAGGAACAAAUGCAUCGGAAGUUCCGAAGUGGUCACAUUGUACCCUAUGCCUCAAACCUAAUAUUUGUGCUUUACCAUUGUAAAAAUGCCAAGACUCCUAAAGAAGAAUUCAAAGUGCAGAUAUUAUUGAAUGAAAAGGUGUUACCAUUGGCUCACUCUCAAGAAACUGUUUCUUUGUAUGAUGAUCUGAAGAACCACUAUAAGGACAUCCUUCAGAGUUGUCAUGCCAGUGAAGAAUGUGAAUUACCAAAGGUGAACAACACAUCUGAUGAGCUAUGAGGACUGGAGAACAUUUUUAAUUCAUCAAGAAUGUAUAGGGAGUGAUUACAUGCUUGGAAUAAAUGGGCAGUGCCUGCUUACAGAAAGCUUUUACAUUACUUGGGUCUUACUGUCUUUUCAUAGAAAAACAUUGAGUUUCUUUUUGAGUCUGGACAUGGAAGUGUAAAAAACAAUUCUUCACUGGAGCAUUCUUCUUAAGGGGAAAAAUCUAUUCAAAGAAAUAGCUGGUACUACAAAUGUUUACAGAAAUUAAAUACUUCCUAUUUAUAUGAGAAAUCUCACACUGAGAAUAUGUUUUCAGAAUAAUACUUCAAAGUGCUGGAGUAACAAAAUAUAUCAGUUGGAUGAUCCACAACUUGAUUGAACUGAGUCUAGGAACUUUACCAGUUGUGUUGCAAUUCUCUCUUUUUUCCUCAAGUAGCACAUUUCUGGUACUGUCUUUCUUAAUCAGAAGUAUUGUGAUACACAGUAUUGGGAGUACCAUUUUGGAAGAAAGCUAACAUCUCACUGAGAAUUCGAAACAAUAUUGAGAAAGUCUGAUUUAAAAGGACAUUUUCACUGAAGGAAGACAAAACGUAUAAUAGAAUAAAUAGUUUUGUUAAGAGUAUUUAUAAAGUAUUUCAACACCUUUACAGGAAUUCCUUUUAACUUUCUACUAAGUUCUGCAAGGCUAUUCCUUAAUUAUUAUCAUAUCUGUUUUACAUAUAUAACAAUGGAGGGACAAAGAGGACUGUUAGCAAUGUCAGAUGGAUGGAAUCAAAGUUUCUUCAGCCCCUUGCUCAACAAUUUUUAACAUUCUGUUACUUCUAUUUUGCGAUUAUGUGAAGUAUUUUUGGGUUGCUGAAUUUCUUUUUAAUUCUUCUAUUGUUUUUUUUUAAAUAAAGAUUUUAUUCUGACUGGCUUAGUUUCACAAACAUGAACCCAUUUCAAACAAAUAGUUCUGCCUUGACUGAUGUGGGUCAGUGGACUGGGCUUGGUCCCUCAAACCGAAAAGUCGCCUGUUGGAUUGCCAGUCAGGGAACAGGUCUGGGUUGCUGGCCUGGUCCUAGGUUGGGGUGUGCAAGAGGCAACGGAUUAAUGUUUCUCUCUCUCUUUCUUCCUCCCUCCCCCUUUCUCCAAAAAUGAAUAAUUAAAAUAGUUUUUAAAAAUAGUACUGAGUUCUGUCAAAUACCAUGGAAAUCAUUGCUAUAAUAAUAAACAGACUUCUUGGUCUUUUCUAUUCCUUGUGUUGGUAAAUAAUCAGUAAUUGAUAAUAAAGGGUUGGAAUUUUAAGCAGCUUUGACUAAAUCAGGCAGUAUAAUGUAAUUUUCUUCUAAUGGAAAUAUUCUCAAAUUUUAACUUCUUAAAAAAUGGAGAUCCAAUUUAUUAAAAAUCUAGAAAGUAUCACAACUAUAUAUUGAAAUAAAAGAAGAUGCAUAGAUCAUUGAUCUUCAAAUAAAUGUUCAUAAAGUUCAACAGGUAAAACCUCUUGAUUCAUUAAUAUACUGUUGAUUGUUCCUGCAAAAAGGUCUGAUGGUUGCCUUUUCAAAGAAGUUUAUAAACAGGCAGACAAGAAGAAAAUACUAUAAUGAACAUUCAUGCCCAUUGUCCUGUUUUAUCAGAAUUAGCAUAAUAAUUUGGUUUAGAUCCCAAUGAGAACAUUUGAGGACUUUUGUAUGCUUCCCUGAUGCUAUUGCCCUCACUCCCUACCUAGAGGUAACCACCAGCAUAACAUUCAGUAAUCACUAUUCCAUCUCAAGCUUGACUCAAAACGUGUAGUAGUAGUGUGGGAAUUUUAAAAUAUUCUGUAAAAGCACAUACCCUGCAAAUCAUUCUUGAAUGAGUGACUUAUUUUAGAUGCUGUAUUUGUUUUUCAGGACCUCUUGAUCCUCAUCAUUUGUCAUGAAUGAAUGCUAUUAGUUCAUCGAUGCCUGUUGAGUACUUUUAUGUACAAGCACUAGACUCAGUCUGUGGGCCUAUAACAGUGGAUGAACGUAGUUCUUUCAAAGGGGUUCUCUUAAAAAAAAACCUUGGAACAAAUUUGCUCAAUGUCUGAUGCAUUAAAAAUUUUUCAUUCAUAUGCUUUUUUAUAGAAUAUGAAAGUUUUAUGGGAGUUAUUUAAUUACAUUGUUAAAUAGAACCAUAUCUUUAUAGUCAUUGGUAAAUAAAAUAUUUCAGGAUGGAGGGUGUGGUUCAUUUUUGCUAAUGUUACAGAAGUUGUGAUAUAUUCUGGUGCUAUUCUCAUUUUGGAAAUGCCUGAAAUAAAAGAUUGUCACAAUGAAAAUUAAAGGUCUUAUUUAGGAUAGGAUAUGUAAAAAGUUGAACAUCAAAAAAUAAUCUUUGGCUAAAUAGUUCAUUCACAGCAGGUGGCCAAAUUACCCAAUUAAGCCAAAGUUUAAGCACUGUUUGAUCUGACACUGUAGUCAAUUAGUAAAUAGCCUAUGGACAUUAGCCAUUUUUCUGUCUAAUCUCCACCUUGAUGUGUGCAUUGCAUUGUACUUACUGGUUUUAUACUUACCAUUUUUGAAGUUUCUGCUCUCCAACACAUAAUCAUUCACUUGUACUAUUUUGUAUAUAAUCUUGAUGUUAAUUUUAACACUGACAGCAGAACUCAACUUUUAUGAUACCUUUACUUGAAUGUUUUUCUUCUGUAAACAGCAGAACUGAUGCAGGCCCUUAAAUUUUUGGAAGUUACAAACAGCUAAACCAGAAUAUAUGAAUAUAUAAAUAUAAAUUUUUGGAAUAUAUUUCUCUAAGAUGGUUUUUCAUGUGGUUCAUUAAAUAUCCGUGGAAUUUUGACUGUGUUCUGCCAAAUGUAAGCUGAAAAUAAAUAUUUGCAUUGCCAUAUAA